AGGAUGUGUAGGAAGGCACAUAGAGAUAGAGAGAGUAGUGGAGAAUGGCAACCUCUGUAAUGUCAGCUUUGGCACUGAAGCCAUCUCCAGUUAUUGGAAGGUCACAGUUGAAGGGUAUCCCUUCACUGGUAAGACCCUCCUCCAGACUCAAUGUCCAAGCUAGUGUCAAGAAGAUCAAAACAUCCCAACCUUAUGGACCCGGAGGGGGGAUGGAUUUGCCUGGUGGAUUAGAUGCUUCUGGAAGGAAGCAAAAGGGCAAAGGUGUCUACCAAUUUGCGGACAAAUACGGAGCUAAUGUGGAUGGUUACAGUCCAAUUUAUUCACCGGAUGAAUGGUCUCCAAGUGGUGAUGUCUACGUAGGAGGAACAACAGGGCUAUUGAUAUGGGCAGUGACUCUUGCUGGACUUCUAGCAGGAGGUGCUCUACUUGUCUACAAUACUAGUGCCUUGGCACAGUAGAUAAUGUUUCUCUACUUUGAACUCCUCUUUCUUCUUCUUCUUCUUUUUCUAAUAUGUAAUUUGAAUUUUCAAUGCAAUUAGCAUCCUCGCAAUGUAAAGACUUGGACAUAAUCAAAUAAAUCACAUAUUAUCUA